GUCUCUAGAUUCGCGGUGCUCAUGAGCCCGGGUUAGUCAGUUGUAUUUGUCCAGUUAAAUUUAUAUCGAUUUAUUUCUGAUUUGUAAAUAAUGUCGGAGUCCAGCCCGGAGCUCAACGAUUAUCUGGAGGGGAAGAUUUCCUUCGAGGAGUUUGAGAGACGCAGAGAGGAAAGAAGAGCCAAGCGGAAGGAGGAAGCAGGUCAUGGCUCUGAUGAGAAUGAUGCUGCCGAUCAGGACGAUGCCAUUCCAAGCACUUCGAAGCAGAUUCGCAGAACGCCUUGGAAACAUCAGGCAGGCAGCACAGAAGAGGGAGUCAGCCCAUCUGUUCAGAAGGCCUUCGCCUCCAUGCUUGGGGAGGGACUCGAGGAGAUUGGGGAUGAAGACAUGGACGAGGACGACGAUGAAGAAGAGUGGAGAGAGAUCGGCGAGGACGAUGAAGAUGAAGGUGGGGGCGGCAGUGAAGUCACGCCAGGAGACGUUUUCGCCCUGGAGAUGGAACUGAAUAGGGAAAACAAGAAGAUGAUGAAGGAAAGACGCCCCCGCAGUAAGCUACCUCGUGCCCUCCGGGGGUUAAUGGGGGAGGCCAACAUCCGCUAUGCUCGCGGAGACAAAGACGACGCUAUCCUGAUGUGCAUGGAGAUCAUUCGCCAGGCUCCCCUGGCCUAUGAACCCUUCUCUACACUCGCAAUGAUCUAUGAGGAUCAGGGUGACAUGGAGAAGGCGCUCCAGUUCGGACUGAUUGCGGCGCACCUGAACCCCAGUGACUGCGAGGAGUGGGUCAAACUGGCUGACAUGUCUCUGGAGCAGGACAACAUCAAGCAGGCCAUCAUCUGCUACACCAAAGCGAUUAAGUAUGACCAGAGUAACGUGCGCUAUCUUUGGGAGCGCUCCAGCCUCUACGAGCAGGUGGGAGAACACAAGCAGGCCAUGGACGGCUACCGCCGCAUCCUCAGCCUCCUGCCCCCUACGGACGGAGAGCACUUCAUGCAGCUGUCUCGCGACAUGGCCAAAAGUUACUACGAGAGCAACGAGCUCUCCUCAGCUAUCGGGGUGAUGGAGGAGGCUCUGGACCGGCACCCCGAGCUGGUCUCCCAUGAGUGCGUUAACAUGGCAGCCGAGCUCUACAUAGCCAACCACCAAUACAGCAAAGCGUUAGAGGCCUUGAUCAGGUUCUGUAACAUUGUGCUGGAGAGAGACUCAAGCAAGCAAGAAACCAAAGAGCAGCCUGAUCCAGAAACUGAGGAAGAACAGAAGGUUGAGAAGAAAGAAGAGGCAGAAGCGAAGGGAGAGAUUCUGGAGGUUGUGGUUCCUGAUGAUAUUCCAGUAGAUAUCAGGGUGAAGCUUAUGGUCUGUCUGAUCCACCAGAGUGUCUUCAAACCACUAGAUCCCAUGCUGACCUCUCUGAUGGAGCAGAGCCCAGAGGAGCUGGGUGACCUAUACCUGGAUGUGGCUGAAGCCUUCAUGGAUGAGGGCGAAUACAACUCCGCCCUGCCCCUGCUGUCUGCCCUCGUCUGCUCAGAGAGAUACAACCUGGCCGUGGUGUGGCUCCGCCAUGCAGAGUGUCUGAAGGCCCUCGGUCAUUUAGAGGUGGCCGUAAAGAGCUACAGUAAGGUGGUGGAGAUGGCCCCGCUGCAUCUGGAAGCACGCCUGGCUCUGUCCACUCUACAGCAGCAGCUGGGCCGACCCAACUGCGCCCUGCAGGCGUUGGAGCCCAUGUAUGACCCCGACACGCUGGCCCAGGACUCCUCAGCAGCCCAGCAGGAACUAAAGUUGUUGCUGCAUCGUUCUACACUGCUCCGAUCACAAGGCCGCACUGAAGACUACAUAGACGCUCUGCUCACAAUGUUGUCCAUGCUGCUUAAGGUGGCAAUGGUGAGAGCCCAAGUGUGUCUGAUAGCUAGCACCUCGUCCGGCACCAGACACCUGCGGCUCAUUAAAGUGUCCCGUAACAAGCUGUCUGAAAUUGAGGACCAAGAAGCAGCAUACCUGGACGUGACGGGCAAGACCAGUGUGCUGUCUCGAGAGGACUGGUGGAGGCUGUUGCUGCAGUGUCUGGAAGCUCUGUGUGAAGAGAAGCGCUUUGCUGAGGCCGAGCUGCUCGUCGACUCCUCACUGGAAUUCUACUCCUUCUACGACGACCGGGCAAAGCGCAAGGAGCUGGAGUAUCUGGGCCUGUCCGCCGCCUUCCUGGACCGCAACUUCCGCAAAGCCUACGACUACAUCAGGUUGAUGCUGAUGUGCAGCGUGGAACGAGCUCAGCUUUGGAACGUCUUCAACCAGGUGACGCUGCAGUCGCAGGACGUGCGCCACCACCGCUUCUGCCUGCGCCUCAUGCUGAAAAACCCAGAGAACCAUGCGCUCUGCCUCCUCAACGGACACACCUCGCUAGUGUCUGGAACAUUCAAACAUGCCCUCGGUCAGUACAUGCAGGCGUUUAGGAAUCACCCUAACCCUCUGCACAGCUUGUGCGUUGGCCUUACCUUCUUCCACAUGGCCUCCCAGAAGUUUGUAAUGAAACGCCACCCCUUAGUACUGCAGGGUUUCUCGUUCUUGUGGCGCUACGUGGAGCUCAGAGGUCACUGUCAGGAGAGUUUGUAUAAUCUGGGCCGGGCUCUGCACCAGCUGGGCUUGACUCACUUGGCCAUUCACUACUAUCAGAAAGCACUCAGCUUCCCUCCACUCAAACUGGAGGGGAUCGAAGACGAUCAAGUGGAUCUGCGCAGAGAGAUCGCUUAUAAUCUCUCACUUCUGUACCAGGCCAGCGGCAAUAAGGAGAUGGCCCGUUACUAUAUCUAUACAUACUGUACUAUCUGA